UUAAGUAAGCUUUCUCUCCCUGCAUUUACAGUGUUAUUGACACUCAUUAAACAGCAAGUUUGAAAGUCUAAGAGUCUCAUCCACACUGUCAACAAGUUCAUCUUCCAAGCCCCAGUCUUCUCUUUCCUAGGGCUCAGGACCCUUCCCCUGCCACACGCAGGCAGCCUUGCACACCUGGGAGAAGAACAACAGACGAAAGCUCUGAGCCUGGGACUAACUACUGCUGCUGUUCUCAGCGGGAGCCCCAGCGCGGAGACCUGAAAAGAUGGGGCCAGGUCUUCUGGGAUGCUUUCCUCUCCUAUUGCUGCUGGGACUAUGGUGGUCAGUGUGUCCACUUUGUGCUUUGCCUAAGCAUCUCACCAAGGCUCGCUGGUUUGAAAUUCAGCAUAUACAGCCAAGGCUUCUCCAGUGCAACAAGGCAAUGAGCAGUGUCAAUAAUUAUACUCAGCACUGUAAGCCUCAAAACACCUUUCUGCACAACUCCUUCCAGGACGUGGCUGCUGUCUGUGAUUUGCCCCACAUCGUCUGUAAGAAUGGGCGGCACAACUGCCACCAGAGUCCAAAGCCUGUUAACCUGACUCAGUGCAGUCUCACUGCGGGGAAGUAUCCUGACUGCCGCUACCGAGAUGGCACCCAAUACAAGCUCUUCAUUGUUGCCUGUGACCCCCCUCAGAAGAGCGACCCUCCUUAUCCUUUGGUUCCUGUACACUUAGACAAGGUUGUUUAAAGUUUCCAUCAUUUUCCCUCUCACUUGGCACAAAUUCUCUUACAAUCUCUUCUGAUUUUUCUUUUCUUUUGUUGAUUUUCCUGGUUCCCAUAGAAGGAAAAAGGAGGGUAUUGGAAAAAUUAGAGUGAUGAGGAUAGACCAGAGUUGGGACAAAAAAUAUGUAGGAUUCUUUUCUGCUUUGGAGCUCUAGGUUUUGAAGGAAGAUAGUAGGGAAGAGGGCAAAGAAGGGUCCAGGUCUCCAUAUUUUCAGCCUUAGAACUUCGGCCAACUUUUGUUGUAUUGUGUUCACAGAAAUAAAACCAUGUUCUGCUGCAUUCUAAUGAGUGUGUGUAUAAGUGUGUUUGGAAGCGUGUUCCCUUUCACAUCAUUGCCAGCCUGGAGCUAUCUAGGCCUGCAUUUACCAGCAUUCCAAGGAGAACGAUUUUGGCCCUAGGCAACCUUUGAAGUUAUUUGGCAACCUGGGGCCUCUGCCACUCCCUCACCCCUGUGUCUCUGGGACUUUGGAGCAAGAAAGUUCUCCAUCCCUUCAAACUCUGCUCAUGGCUUUACAUAUUUCCCUUGAAACCAUUGUCUAUGGUUGUUUGGAGGUGGCACUGAUACUCAAUGUUGAUGGUAUUUUCACAGAUUCUAACGCUGGUAACUGAGGCAUCCUAGAUCUUAACUAUUUGCCUCUAUAAUUAAUCAGAUAAUGUUUUAAAUAUAAAUAGUAGUAGGGAUAAUAAUCCACUGUAGCCUUAGAGUCAAUUCUCCUUUUGUCUAUUGGAAUGGACAAAGAGAAAGCAUAGAUCAAGGGGGGUAAAAAAAAAGCACUGGGACACUAAAAACAUUCUUGCCCUACUCAGAUAGUGAAAUAUCACAGAAACAUUGGGGCUUUGGAACAGGUAUCUGAUUUAGAGAUGGAAGGACUGGGAUUAAGAAUUUAGGUCCUAUGUGUAGGGGAGGAAAAAUAAUUUUUCAUAAACCCUUCUAGGUUUUUGGCUGAGAUACCCCCUGUAAUAAAAAGAUAGAUCAACAGGAAAAAAACAAUUUUAGUUACAUAUGUACAUAUGGGAGUGCUACAAAGAUAUGAGACUCAAAAGACACAGGAAGCCCUGAGGAGCUUCAGGGUCCAUGUUUAUAAUGGCAUCCUGGGGCCAAGCCUGGUGCCAGGAGGAUUAGCUCUGGCUUAGAGAUGCCAAAGUUCCCAGGGAAAAUGAGCUAAGUAGACAAUUCAAUACAUAUCUCUUACUCACAGGGUGUGGAAAUAGAAUUUGAGUAUCAGG